UUCUCCCGCCGGAGGCCUCCCUCAGAGCCGGGCUAGGCCCAGCCGCUUCUGCGGGGCCGGGCCCCGGCUCAGGGGCUGCGCUCCGGCCGGGAGCCCCUGGGCGAGUCGCUUCCCGCCCUGCCAUCCCGACACGUUCAGCGCCUGUCCGCCAGGCCCCGAGCCCGGGGCGGGGGCUGAUCUCGCCGGGGAAGGGCUUGAAGCCGAGCCCCGCAGGGCCGCUCCCGGGCUGCGGCAAGGGGGUGCCCGGGGUGGGGGUUCGCAGCAGGGCGAGGGGGGCUGGGCGGGGUUAUGAGGGAGAGCUGCCCCCUCACUCACACGAGUGGGGCCGGCCGGCCCGGGGUGCCCCAUGGAUCCCAACGGCCCGACCAGCUGCUCCGGCCUGUGGCUGUUUGCAGGCUCGGGCCUGGGGCAGAAAAGCCUUUCGAGCGUUGCGGUGGCUGGGGUCGGGAGCGGGGUCCCUGAGGGUGACCAGAUGUCCUGAUUUUAUAGGGACAGUCCUGAUAUUUGGAGCUUUGUCUUAUAGGCGCCUAUUACCCCCCCCACACACACACACACACACUCCCGUCCUGAUUUGUCACACUUGCUGUCUGGUGACCCUAUCCCUAAAGCUGGGUUUGAGGAGCAGUAAACGGGUCUAGCAUGGUAGGGACCCGAGUGCAUCUAUUCGUUGCAAGUCCAACAAACCUCUGUGUAGAAACCUCCGGGAGACUUAAAAGUCUAGAAAUGAUGGCUUGUCAGGGUGGUACAAGACUGCAGGUGUCAUUAGGCUUUCCUUUUGCUUCCUAGUAUUAAAAGGGAACUGAAAUGUUGUUGGCUUUUUUAAAUCUAGAAUAUCUGUAGAUCUUUCAAAUGACAGAUUAUUACUAUUAUUUACAUGGUGAUAUCACCCAUAGAUCCCAAGCGGGGCUCCAUUGUGCUAGGCAUUCUAUAAACAUAUAACAAAAAGAUGUUCCAGCCCCCAAUAACUUACAGUCCAAGUAAAAGACAAGCAACAACAGGUGGAUACAAUAAAUAAACAGAACACAAGGACGCAGGAUGGACUUUUUGGCUCUCUUCAUAAUUUAUCUGCUAUUAGUUCUGGCUAGUGUUGUUCUAGUCUGCAUCUAUUCAGGAAGGAAACAGAGUUUUCCUGCCAGAGGCCUCAGUUGUAUAACUCAGGUAUCUUCAUCUGUAAUCCCAACACGGCUUCAAAGUGCAACACAGAGGGUGCUUCACAGGCUCUUCCACACACGAAGUUGCCUGUUCAUUGCCCUGCACUUAGCCUUACAAGUGGCAGUUUAUGGUGAAUACACUUGGGAAGUAUUUGGCUACUGCCAAGAGAUGGAGUUCAGCGUUCAUUACCUUCUGCUGCCGUAUUUGUUGCUGGCUGUGAAUAUGGGGUUUUUCAUUCUGUGUUCCGUGACCAACCCUGGUAUAAUAACACAGUCAAAUCAGGAGUCGUUUCUUAAGGCUUAUGCAUAUGAUGGAGUAAUGUUUCAGAAAAGCACCAUGUGUCCUACAUGCAACGUGGAAAAGCCAGCCAGAUCUAAACACUGCAGUGUAUGUAACAACUGCAUACAUCGUUUUGAUCACCACUGUGUUUGGAUCAACAACUGCAUUGGUGCCUUCAAUACAAGAUAUUUUCUCAUUUACCUCUUCACUCUGACUGCCAUGGCUGCAAACCUUGCAAUCAUAACAACAGCAUUUCUAAUCCAAGUAGUGCUGCUAUCAAAUAUGAUGCUUGGAAGUUACAUUGAUGAUCAGGGGCAAGAGCAUGCAGUUGAGAUUCUCUUUCUUAUUCAGCACCUGUUCCUGACGUUUCCUAGAAUUGUCUUCAUGCUUGGUUUUGUUAUUGUCCUAUCUCUGGUGCUGGGGGCAUAUUGCUGUUUCACCCUGUACCUGGCCCUGACUAACCAAACAUCCAAUGAAUGGUAUAAAUCUAGAAGCUAUGAAUGUUCUUGCUGUCAGGCAUUGCCGCCCCAUGACAGGCAUAUUGUUUACAGAAAUGUUUAUUCUCAAGGAGUUUGGGUCAAUUUAAAGGAAAUCUUUAAACCUCCUACGAGUUCAGAAAAAAAGAAAAAAACAUGAGGAAAUAGUUACAUCUUUUAAAAUCUAUAUUUAUUUUUUAAACUUUUCCCGAAGGAUUUAACUCCAGGAAGAGCUUUUUGCCAGCACCAAGGACUCUUGAAAUGAUACUGUGCUUUUCAUUAAGUGCUGUAGCUAAAGAGAUUUUUUUUUUCUAAAUGACUCAAUUGUAAAAUAUAUUUUUAUAAAGCUGA